GCCCGCCAGUUUUCUGGCGCUUGCGCAUAGAUCUAUUAGUACUUGCGCAGUACAGUCCUCUUCUAAAUGAGAACCAUGUGCCGGAGUCCAGAGGGACUGUUUUCUAUACAUUUUCAAGGCGUCACUCGCACUACUUCCCUAGCCGACACCCUGUCAGUCAGUUUAAGUGCAGUGUCUGCGUAUCUGGAGGAGACGCUUGGACAUGGAUGGGCCUCGGGAAAAAUGUAUGCGCUACCAAGUGGACCUGGAUAGCGUUCCUAGUCGUACGCAGGAAAGAAGAAGGCAAGAUGAACGACAGAGGAAAGCCCAAUACUUUACGGAAAGGUUCGCGACACCAGCUACUGAGACAGGCAUUACAGCGUCACCUGUCGCUGGUCCAAGCAACGUUCAAGAAUCCGAGUACGGCGACAGCAUUUACUCGGAUCAUGAUGUUUCAAGUGGCUUUAACGCGGACAUCGCGAGCAAUGUGUCUUUUUCGUUGUCAGAUAGUGAUGAAAGUUUAAGCUAUGUGGAAAGUGACAGUAGUUUUCUGGACAGCGACUCGGAAUAUGACAGUGACGAUUGGGACUUUGUUGGAACAGAUACUCAGCUGGACAGUGAACAGCCAGAGUUUGAAGAAGAAGGCGGUGAAGAACACGAUCGCGACCUUUUAUCGGAAACAGAGCUGUUGACGUCGGGCGAAGAGUUGUACCCUGGGGCUCCAAUAACAACAGUAGUGAGCUAUGCACUGAUUAUGAUGUUUGGCAUAAAGCAUAACUUGACAUAUGUUGCAUUUCAAGACCUUAUAAAGCUGAUACAGGCCCAUUGCCCUAAGUCCAAAAAGUUGGCCAGAUCUCUGUACAAGACGAAGAAGUUUUUCACGGACAGACUUUGCAAGGAAACGAAACAAACAACACAUUACUGUUGCCGUAUCUGUCAGAAGAUUUUGGCGGGUGAGAAUAGCGUGUGCGAUAAUGACAAAUGUCGCAAUGCCAAAGCAAUGGAGUUUUACUCGCUGGACAUAGAGUCGCAAAUACAGCGAUUCUUCGAGGAUCCGCUGUUCCGAAACAGCCUGAGACGUCAGUCGAGUAAUGAGAGUGAUGCGGAGGGUCACAUACGUGAUGUGUAUGAUGGUCGCAAGUACAAGGAGCUAACGAAAGCGGGCGGUUUUCUUGAGGAUGGAAAGAACAUCACAUUCUGCUUCAACACAGAUGGAGUAUCCAUCUUCCGGUCCUCCCGUGGGGGCGAACUAUGGCCUGUUUUCUUAGCGAUCAAUGAGCUUCCUCCUCAGAUGAGGUAUGUGUCAUAGUCUUUCUUAGUGGUAAAAUACUUUGAUUUCUUGGGAGAACGCCAGGUAUCAUAGUUGCACAUAGAUCAUGUCCCAGUUGGGACGGAGUGAGUUUAACAUUGCUUCUUGUACAUGUGCAAUCUACUCUCAAAGCAGUCAGUAAUUGACGUCAACAGCCGGAGCCUAACCUCUGUUUGUAGUAUAGGAACAACCCUUUCGACGUAGCGAGAGAAAUGAGUGUGAGUAAAAUAGAUUGUUAUUGCCACCCCCCCUCCCCCUUUCCACUUGUAAGGACUAACACCACCAAGCGGCCGGAAUGCUCAGCGAUCAGCGAAUGCGCGCUCAAAGUCGUCAAACAAUCGCUCAGUGAGGAUAGAUGCUAAAUAAUCUUUAUUGACACGACAAAUGUACAGCGAUGAUAUAUCCCUAUGCUAACUUUGCUCCCUCAGCGAUUGCAAUGCAUCGUUAGAGCUACAGCCAUUCUUGAACAGGGAAAACUCGGUUCCUGCAUCCCCGCAAACAAAUAUCCCUCAGAUGUUUAGUGAUUAAUCUUCGGCUGACCUCUCGAAGGUACUGACAGUCACAAGUGAGGAAGCUAGACACCUUCUGGAUGACACAUAUAGGGCACCCCCUAACCCUUGACCACCAUGCAUGCAGAGCCAAACCCUGAGGGAAACUAUCCAAACCCCAACGCCUUGAGUCAGAAUGUCACAAAGGCAACAUCUGUUUCCUGUCAAUCUUUGCCAUGAUGUCUAUUCUGGUCAUUAUUUAUUCAAUAUCUUCAACUUGGAACCAACAUUGUCAAAAAGCAUUCUCCAAGCAAAUUUUUGUUUCUUCCAACCUUCUAUUUAAUCAGGCCACAUCGGCGAUGUGCACUAUAUCGUACCAAGAAGAUGCAAAGUGAGCAUAUGUAUGCAGUAUGUUGCACAAGAAACAUCAGAAAAUGGACACGGAUAACAAUGGAAUGCCUCUUAUCGUAUAUCUAAUACGUGCUGAAUUUGAAGUAGAUCACCGAUUGGACAUUGAUAUUUCAUAUUUGGUGCAAGUGAAGAUUUGUAUGCUACUACGUAGCGUAUAAGACGUACUAACCCUCAUUUUACGUAUCAAAAUCACUGUUUAAGGUUUGUGUUGCGCACGCAAAAAUCUGACGCGCAAUCAGUCUGUCAGCUAACUUGACUCUCAGAGGCAGAUGAUCGCAUGAGCCAUGACCCUCCUCUCAUAUUACAGCUGCCGAUUCUCUUUCGUAAGUAAUGCAAAGGAUGACAAACGACACAAAAGAGGGAGGACACCAUCUUCCCCUAAUGAACGUCGCCUAUAGAGUAAGUUGUCAACGCGCGCUGAUGCAUGCGCAAAUCCCGUCGCGACAACCCUAAAGUCUAAACAAUAAAAAUCAGAACGUUUCUUCCAUUCCUGUGGAGAAAGUUUUUUUUCUCUUUUCACUGGUCGACUGCUUUCAUAAAAGCUUUCCUUGUGUUAUUGUUUUCUUAUAUUACGAAAUGGAGAGCCUUUUUCCAAAACAUAGCUGACAGAUCCAGUCUCUGUUUUAAACACUUAAUCACCACUGAUCGGCUUGGAAGGGUGAAGUCUGUGCUCCUGCUGAGAACUGUUCAAGUGAAUUUGCACGCACCGCUGGUACACCAGACACAUGCUCACGCCCAUGUGUCCCAUGAGCAUUGGCAGGGUUGGCUAUUCAAACAGAGGUCCGGUAGUUUGGCCGUUGGACGAAAAGAAACCCUGACAAAAUAUAAAGGCCGACAAAAAUGCAUAAAAUGCAAACAAACAGCCAUAGUCUUACUUCUGCUUUGAGAGUAGACAUAUUAGGUAACCCCUGGUGAUGAUCAUAGCUUCUGUCGUAGCAAAUUGUUUCAAAUUGUUUCCGCAGGACUAGUAAAUGGUCAUGUCAAAUCUACAUGUUUGCAGAACUUGCUAUCCAUUGAUAUCGCAAAGUAGGCGACGAAAGUUGUAUAUGAUAGGCUAGGAAGUGUAGGUUUUUAAAAAAUGGCCGCUUUCUUUCCUGAUCGAUCCGCCAUGGAGGUCGCAGACAUGCCCGCGAUCCCAUUGGUUCCGGACCAUGAAAUUAAAAAAAAAUUGAUAAAACUAACCCAUGCACACUUCACUUCCAUGGGGCGGUGGUCGCCUUUCGAUCCCGCAGAUCCGUUUAAGUCUUCGGUAGACUGAGAUAGGACGGAUUGUUAUCUCAACUGGAGAGUUGGGAAUCAAUUUUUAUGUGUGACCAUUCUAGAGGU